GGAAAGGAAAGUGAGAGCUGAAUGCACUGAUCGUCUCCCUCUCAAAUCCCAAAUCCCUCCUCGCAAUUCACCUCUCCCGUGCCCGGUGCUUUCAGUUGAGGUUUGUUUAUCUGCUUCGCCGUCGCUUACCGGAAUUUACUCCCGCCCUGCUUCUUCUCUAUUCGUCUUCAUCAUCAUCAUCGUCUUAGUUUUUGUUUCUGUGGGUUCGAGGAGUUGGAGCGAUCUGAUCCGUCCGCCAUUUAUUGACUCGGCUGUUUUCACUACUUGCGCAGAUGGCUUCGAACAACACCCCGAAUAUGACUAACGCCCAAUUGGGAUCUUUUCUGGUCAAGUUGGGAGUCGCCGCUGGAGCUGUCGUUUACGCCGCUGCGAACUGCCUCUACAAUGUGGAAGGUGGCCACCGUGCCAUCGUCUUCAAUCGGAUUACUGGCAUCCAUAACAAGACUUACCCAGAAGGAACCCACUUUGUCUUCCCCUGGUUUCAAGUCCCGAUCAUCUAUGACGUCAGGGCGCGUCCUCAUCUUGUGGAGAGUACAUCUGGGAGCCGUGAUCUUCAAAUGGUCAAGAUUGGGCUUCGAGUCCUGUCUCGUCCUGUGGCGGAUCAGUUGCCCACAGUCUUUAGGACCAUGGGUAUGAGUUAUAACGAGAGGGUGAUGCCUAACAUCAUUCACGAAACUCUGAAAGCGGUGGUUGCACGGUACAAUGCCAGCCAGCUAAUCACUCAGAGAGAGGAUGUUAGUAGAGAAAUAAGGAGGAUCAUGACAGAAAAGGCCAAAUAUUUCAACAUUGCACUGGAUGAUGUGUCCAUCACUAGUCUGACUUUUGGCAAAGAGUUCACUGCUGCGAUUGAGGCGAAACAAGUGGCUGCUCAGGAGGCAGAGAGGGCUAAGUUCAUCGUGGAGAAGGCUGAACAGGACAAGAAGAGUGCCAUUAUCAGAGCAGAGGGUGAAGCCAAGAGUGCGCAGCUGAUCGGACAAGCAAUUGCAAACAAUCCUGCUUUCAUCACCCUGAGGAAGAUUGAAGCUGCCAGAGAGAUUGCAAACACAAUGUCGCGUUCAUCGAACAAAGUCUUCCUUGACUCGGGCGAUUUGCUGCUGAACCUCCACGAAUUGGAGAUGAAUGCCACUGGGAAUUGAAAUGAAUGAAUUGAUCUCUUUUUGUUGUUAGGUUUCCUCAUGGAUUCGAUCCUGACGCAUUAUGGAAGGGUUAAAAACUUGUUACGGCGGGUUUAGUAGUAAUCACUAAUCAGGGAUGUAGAUAAGACAGGUAGCUCUGCUGUUUUUUUGGUAUUGGGAGAUCGAAAGAACAAUGGAGUGAGGGGGAUAUCGUCGAGAAACAGCAGGUAGCUUUGCUUUUUUUUUUACUGGAUCUGUGGAUCGGAGGCGGUCCGAUACCUAUGCGCAUGCAUUCCUGGCUUCUCCCACAUAACUACUAGCAUAUAUAGCCGACUAAUUACAUAAUGGUCCAUGAACUUUAAAUUUCUAAUUUGACCGAUUACAAAUCAAGGUUGUUAAAUCGAUUUAGCAAGUAGAAUGGUUAGAUGGGUGGUAAAAUCACUUCGUGCCGUUUAAAAAAAAAAAUGUAGGACUGUGAAUUACCAAGGCAAUUCUGUAGUGCGGCCACUGCAUUGAUACAGUCCAUUUUCUACCGGCUACACCCUGUCUUCGGCUUUCCCCGUUAAUGGGCUGGUCCCUAACCCUACGGGAAGGGACUAGAUAGUGUGACAACACCUCUUGUGUUGUUAUUGUAACAACACUAGUCCCCAACCAAUAGGAAGCUAGGGUUGUGAUGACUUUUUAUUAGAUGAGUUGACCUAGUGUAAAAUCAAAGUAGGAGUAUAAUUGUCAUUAUGAAAAAUAUUUUUAAAUAAUAAAAAAAGAAAAUAAAAAAAAUAAAAGUUUUUUUUUUCGGCCCAAAAUUUUGGUCGCCGGAAUUCGGCCACCGGAAUCUGGUCGCUGAUCACCGGAAUAUGCUUUUAGUCACCGGAAUAUGCUAUUUUCUCAUCGGAAUAUGCCACCGUCGUCGGAAUAUGCUUACCGGCGUCGGAAUCUAGUCAUCGGGGCCGGAAUAUGCCUAUCGGCGUCGGAAUCUGCUCACUGACGGUCAUCGGAGUUUGGUCAACGGUCAACGACCACCGGAUGUUAUGGUCUGCAUUGUGAGAUUUAGGGGUCGUUUGCUUUAUGGAUUUAAAAACGAGGGUUUUGUAAUUUAAAAACCCAAGGAUUUAUCAAGGAUUUGAGGCAUCAUGGAUUUGUAACAAUCCUUUGUUUGUUGAGAUGCUUUUAUCAUGGAUUUAAAGGUGUGGGAUUUACUACUUGAAGUCCAAAAUUACAUUACUAUCAUUGUCUAUAUGCUUGACAUGUUUAUGAUAUGUACACAAAACAAGGGCAAAACUUCAAAAUUACCUCACUAUCCUUUUCUAUAUGUUUUACAUGUUUAUGAUAUGUACACAAAACAAGGACAAUACAUACUAAUAAGCAUAAUGUUGCCACAUGGACAAUAAUAAUAAACGAGAAAAUUUCGUUUAACUUUUAACGUAACAUAAUAAAUUACCAAUUCUGUG